CAUAGGGAUUAUUGAAAUUCAAUAAGUGGUGAAGUUAUCGGAGAUUCGUUGGGUCAGGGUUUUCCGUAAUUGCUGAACUUGCAGCCAAAGGUUUGAUUCCCGUUGUUAGAGUAUUCUUGAAUACUGCUUUCUCCUCCAGUGGGGUCUAUAUUCAGGCUUCUGGGUAGUGAUAAAAGUACAGGAAUGCUGAGCUUACUGCAAUGAAGCAACAAGUGGGCAGCAAGUUCACCGAACUAGUUUAUGCUCCUUGAAGAAAAAGACUCUUGUAAACCGCAGUAAAAGACCACUAACAUGGCGUUUGGUUACGUACCUGCCAUCUCGUUUCUGGCGCUGAUAUUGCUCCUGUUGGUUGGGCUUCUUGGCAUGUACUACUGCCUGACACAUAACCUCUGCCCUUGCACGCAAACAGAGGCCGACAAAGUCGCAUACGAAGAACUCAACAUCGGCGAAGAAACGGACGAAGCCGAAGACCUCGCCCGCUCUCCUCGACCGGUCAAAAAGACUCCUCAAAUCGCAUCGGAUUCCGAAGUCGAUGGCCGAACUCCCUCCGAGCGUGUCGAAAAUGCAAGCGAGGUACAUUCGGAUACCGAAGUAGGGUCUAUACGUAGUGCAUCGACUGCUAGGGCGGGUGGGGUACGGGGUGGAGAGGGAGGCGAGGAAGCUUUGCUACCUGGCAAGGCGUGGAUCGUAGCGGAGUAUUACCCGGAUGUUGGCAGAGUAGGGUUCAGUAUCGUAGAGGCGCAGAAUGUACCCAUGAAGGGCAAGGGCGGAGGCACUCAUGCCCGGUUCCACGUGGUGCUUCUGCCCGCAAAGAAGCAGCGGUUUAAGACAAAGCACAGGCGUACGCCACAUCCCAAGUUUCGCGAGACGUUCGUGUUUGACCGGCUCGUUAAGGAAGAUUUGUACCGAAUGGCGGUCAGACUAAGGCUGUACACGCAGAGCGGCGUAGCCAAGGAGAAGCUAGUUGGCGAGAUCAACCUUCAACUCGCGGACAUUGCACAGGCGCCGGGAUAUAAACUUAACGCGUGGAGGGACUUAAGGAAAGCCAGGAACCCGGCAGACCCAUAGGUAUGCCGGGAUAUAUUACAGAUAAAACACCCAGAAGUCAAGUAGACCCCUAGGCAUGCCGGAAUAUAUUAGAUUUAGUAACUAUACGGUACGCUAGUCUUGGUGUCACUAAAUAUGGUCAAUCGUUCAUGUCGAAUUUGAUUGGUAUAGAGCAAAGAUUCAUACUGUAUAUGGUCGAGCAUUUGAAGCCGAAACAGAACUAUUGUUCUCACGACGUCAUAGGAAUCGAUCUCGACUUAUACGUAAGGUACAUUACAUUAUACGUAAAGUAUGCUGGAAUCAGUUGUGGUAGACUUCGUUAGGUUAGGUGCUUGUACAUUGGGGUAGAAGACUGAUGAAUUAACUGAAGCCUGGAACACAUAAAUUAAACAUACACAAAAGGAGUUAAACACACUCGAAAAUGUAGCCAACUUCUUGAAUCCAAUCCUACAGUUGUAAAAUAAGUAAAUUCUGGAAUGUGUAUUUGGUCAAGAUUUUUUUUUACAUCAUUUUGCCCCACAAAAAAACGACGAUACUUGAGUAUUUGUCGUACAGGUGUUAUUUCAAAGCUAGAAAAAAUGAUUAUUUUUAUAAGGUAACAAUUUUUUUAUGUAUAGAGGUUAAAACCAUAAAUUCGCCGCCAGCCAUAUGUUAGCCAGACAUGAAACACUUUCAGAAGAUCCAUCCAUACACGAUCGCCCUUGGUUCUGUGCGGUGUCGGCUGGAUCUGGCUAGAAUUGAAGAUAUAAUAGCAAAUAUUCUUUGUAAUUAAAAAUUGCAAGAAAAUUUUCUCCAUAUUACAAACGUCAUUUUAGACUAA